UGCGGACUACAACCCCAGGUCAUCUCCCCAGUUAUCCCAGGGAAGUUUGGCGUUACUCAGAUUCCAUUAAGGAUUGCCUGGUUUGGGGUAGGAAAUACCCCGGAUGUGUGUCAGUGGUGCUGAACCGGGAUAAAUCCGCAUUCCUGGUUAGUUCCUAGAAACACGCACACUGUGCUGGCAGGUGCUGUGCCAGCCCCAGCCUGCCUGCCCACCCUCCAGCCUCUCUCGGAAUCUGCCCACUCUGCAUCCGGGACCCUCUGGCCGGCUAAUUCAACAGAAGCACCAUUGUUCCACGGUUUGCAUCUGGAUCAAGUUUGUGCCACAGGGCUGUCAGUGCACUGACCCAGCACUAAUGGUGGUGGGACUGUGGCCCUGGGCAGACAGCAGCUCCUGUGCCGUGCUGGAGCUCAUUCCUUGAGAAGGGAAGUGGUUAAGUAAUUCUUUGCUCACUAAGGAUGUUCGGGCUGCCUGCUGUGCGCACGGAAGUCGGUCCAAGCAGGGCUGGCCAGGAGUGAGAGGCUGCCUCUGCAGCUCAGGGGCUCUGCCGAGCAUGGGAGGGGGGGCCUCUGUGCUGCUGCAGGAGUGCCCCGACCGCUGCUGAAAGGUGCUGGGGGAGCGAGGCUGUGGGCGCCUGAGGAAGCGGGGGAUGCUCGGCAGCAUUGAAACGCUGGUGACGGAGGGGAGAGCUGCUGGCAGAUCUUCAGCCAGUGGAGCUGCCCCCGGACAGGCCAUCUCUCCGGGCAAACCCGGACCACCCCCACGCGUUCAGCUCUGGGGCAGCCCAGGGGAUUGCAGCUUGGCAUGGGAAGUCAGAGCAGCCUUCAGGGAGGUGCCUGGACAUUGGCUCUCUCGUUCCCCACAUCCCACUGAGGAUCCCUUCCUCCCACUUCGCUUUUCAAGGCCAGAGAUCCUGUUACAGUUGCCUUUAUCAGGCCUCUUUGGAUCUCCUUGGAGCAGAUAAGGUUUGCUUGGCAAGAUCCCUUGACAUAGACACCCUGGCCAGUGCUAAUAGCACUUUGUCAGCUCAUCUCCUGUCAGCUCUCCCAGCUCAGAAAGUGGUGGUAGUGCCUGACCACCAGCCUGCACUGCUGGAGCCUUGCCGGGCACAGCCUGGCCCCUCCUUCAGGCUUCCAAGUGCCUUGCAUGGCUAUGGGGAGCUGGUAGGGCACUGCCCACAGCAUCUCUUGUCCUGCUGAGGUGCCUGGCUGUCUCAGGGUGUCCCUGGGGGUGUAGGUUUUGGCAUCCCUAUGGCCGAGAGCUGCUUCUUUGUCUGCCCAUGACCUUGCUUGGCGGCGGGCAGCCAGAGCAUGGCCUUGGUGUGGAGAGCACAUGGUUCCUCUUCCUUCCUUCGGCCUCGGCUAAUAAAAGGCACUAUCCCUAUGUGACAGUGAGAUCUCUGCGGAACCCGGCCCUGGUGCACAGCCGUGCUCCCUGCAGGGCUCCAGGGCUGCUGGCUGAGCACCUAGCCCAGCCAGUCCAGAGGAUCCCAGGCAGCACCGACCAGCACAGGGUGAGUGGUGCAUGGUGGUGUCCACAGUGCCAGCACUGGGCCUUAACAGGAUCCAUCUGGCAUGGGUACUGGGGUAGUGCAGUGCAGGGCUCUCGGCACCGCUGCUAGAGAUGUGCCCUGAGGAGGCACAGACGGGCCUGUGCAGUGCAGGGCGAGUCCCAGCCAGGCUGCCUGUCUCAGCGGCCCCACGUGCUGCACAACCGGGUGCAGCAGCCCUGUGGGAAUGCUGUGCCUUCUCCCGACCAGCCUAGGCACAGGACACUGGUGUGUCACACGUGGGCCACCGCCAGCGUGUACCUUCCUCUGCCUCACCUUGGCUGAAGCUCGGUGCGGGCAGGUCCCUCCCCUCGCCUGGCACGGCUGCCGGAGGAGGAGACAGGCACCGGCCGCCCUCCUCCAGGAACAGCAGCUGAGCCCAGCCCGAGCCCAGCCCGAGCCCAGCGGGCCUCCGACUCCACAGCCCACCCGGGCCACCAGACACCUGCCCAGCACCCGAGGCUCCCACGGGCACAGGCAGAUCCCGUGGUUGCCCAUGGACCUCUUGGCACUUGCUCUCCUCCUGGUGGGGGGACUGGUGGCAGGAGGUGCCCAGGCACCUGACCUGAAUCAUGGCUGCGCCCGCGGCAGCUGCUACCCAGCCACUGGGAACCUGCUGGUGGGGCGAGCCACCCGCCUGAGUGCCACCUCCACCUGUGGGCUGGAUGGGCCCCAGGAGUACUGCAUCGUCAGCCACCUCCAGGACUCGGAGAAAUGUUUCACCUGUGACUCACGUGACCCAUCCCUGCCUGAGAGCCACCGCAUAGAGAAUGUCAUCUACCUAAGCAGCCCCCAUGACCAACGGACCUGGUGGCAGUCAGAGAAUGGUGUGGAGCAUGUCAGCAUCCGCCUGGAUCUGGAGGGCGAGUUCCACUUCACCCACCUCAUCAUGAAGUUUAAAACCUUCCGCCCCGCGGCCAUGCUGGUGGAGCGCUCAGCAGACUUUGGGCGCACCUGGAAGGUUUACCGCUACUUUGCCUACAACUGCUCCAAGCUCUUCCCUGGAAUCCCCAACCACCCUUCGGGGCUCGUGGAUGAAGUGCUGUGUGACCAGCGCUACUCUGAGAUCGAGCCUUCCAGCCAUGGGGAGGUCAUCUUCAAAGUGCUGGACCCCUCCAUCCCUGUGGCAGAUCCCUAUAGCCCAGACAUCCAGAACCUGCUUCGUGUCACCAACCUGCGGGUGAACCUCACCAAGCUGCACACACUGGGUGACAACCUGCUGGACUCACGGCGGGAGGUGCUGCACAAGUACUACUACGCUGUGGAUGAGCUGGUGCUGCGUGGGAGCUGCUUCUGCCACGGCCACGCUGCCCACUGUGCCCCAGCACCGGGUGCCCCAACACCCUCUGUCCCCGGCAUGAUCCAUGGGCGCUGUGUCUGUGAGCACCACACGCAGGGGCUGAACUGUGAGCGCUGCGAGGACUUCUACCAUGACCUGCCCUGGCGCCCGGCCGAGGGCUCCAGCACCAACGCCUGUCGCCGCUGUGACUGCAACGAGCACUCACGGCGGUGCCACUUUGACAUGGCCGUGUUCCUGGCCACGGGGAACACCAGUGGGGCUGUGUGUGAUGGCUGCCAGCACAACACCAUGGGCCGCCACUGCCACCUCUGCAAGCCUUUCUACUACCGGCACCCUCGCUCUGACAUCCGGUCCCCUACUGCCUGUGCCCCGUGCGAUUGUGACCCGGCAGGCUCACUGGAUGGAGGUGCCUGCGACGGGCACACGGACGUGGCGCUGGGCAUGAUUGCGGGGCAGUGCCGCUGCAAGGAGAAUGUGGCCGGUCCCCGCUGUGACCGCUGCCGGCACGGCGCCUAUGGCCUCAGUCAUGGCGACCCACAGGGCUGCCAGCCAUGCAGGUGUGACCCACGGGGUACAGUGGCAGGCAGCUCCCCGUGUGACCCCAUCAGUGGGGACUGCUACUGCAAACGCUUCGUGGCUGGGCGCUCCUGCAGCCAGUGUGUGCCUGAAUUCUGGGGUCUGAGCUACGACUUGGGGGGCUGCCGGCCCUGCGCCUGUGACUUCGGGGGAGCCUACAACAACCGGUGCUCCAUGGAGGAUGGUGCAUGUCCCUGCCGUCCCCACAUCAUGGGGCGGCAGUGUGACCAGGUACAACCUGGCUUCUUCUGUGCCCCCCUCGACUACUACACUUAUGAGGCCGAGCAGGCCACCUUCCAUGGCCACAGCCACCCUCAACUCCCGGGUGCCAUUCGGGCGGAGGUUCCCCAGGACUGCCUGGAGUAUGACACGAGGGAGCCGGCAGGGCGGAAGGGACGCUCACGGCAUCAGCACAACCCUUCCCGUGCUCCCCAGCCCCCUGUCCCCUUGCGCCGCAGCCGCCAGCAGCCCCCCAAGCCGGAUGUGGAGGAGGUGGUGCGGGACAGUGCCGGUCGCAUGGUGACGUGGACAGGCUUGGGGUUUGCCCGCGUGCGGGACGGGGCUGGCCUGACCUUCCGUGUGGACAACGUGCCCUACGCCAUGGACUAUGAGCUGCUGCUGCGCUAUGAGCCUGAGUCAGCCGAGGACUGGGAGGCCGUGGUCAGUGUCAGCUCCCGUGUGCUGCCCACCAGCUCUCGCUGUGGGAACCUGCUGCCCUCCGAGCAGAUGUACCGCCAGAGUCUGCCCCACAGCCAGAGGUAUGUGCUGCUCUCCCGGCCCUUCUGCUUCGAGCCCAGCACCCCUUAUGAGGUGACAAUGCGGCUUCAGCGGGCUGGUGUCACCCAGCGCCACCCUGGUGCCUUCAUCCUCAUCGACUCGCUGGUGCUCCUGCCGCAGGUGUCAGAGUUACCAGGGUUCCAUGGGGCAGAGGCAGCAGUGCGCCAGGAGGAGCUGGAGCGGUACCGGUGCCUGGAGGUGUUUCGCAUGGCCCCCCCUCAUCCCCUGGCCCAGGCCUGUGCCCGCCUGGUCUGCAGCGUCUCAGCCCUGAUGCACGGCGGGGCACUGCCCUGCCAGUGCGACCCACAGGGCUCCCGCAGCAGCGAGUGCCAGGUACAGGGCGGGCAGUGUGAGUGCAAGCCCCACGUCAUCGGCCGACGCUGUGACCACUGUGCCCCAGGCAGCUAUGGCUUUGGGCCCCUGGGAUGCAGCCCCUGCACCUGCUCCCCAGAGGGCUCAGUGUCCCAGCUGUGCGACCAGGUGAGCGGGCAGUGCCGGUGCCAUCCUGGCACCGUGGGCCGGCAGUGUGACCAGUGCCAGCCCAGCCACUGGGGCUUCCCUGCCUGCCGGCCCUGCCAGUGCAAUGGGCACGCUGAGGAGUGUGACCCCCGGACGGGCACCUGUCUGCACUGCCGCGACCAUACGAGCGGACGGCAUUGUGAGAGGUGCCAGGAUGGUUACUAUGGGAACCCUGUGCUGGGCUCGGGGCAGCAGUGCCGGCCCUGCCCCUGCCCCGGCUACCCUGGCACACGGAAUUACCAUGGGAGCACCUGCCAUGCCGAUGCUGAGACACACCACAUUGUCUGCCUCUGUGCCCCUGGAUAUGCAGGGCCCCGCUGCGACCGCUGCUCCCCUGGUUACUUUGGGUCUCCGGAGAUGGAGGGGGGGGAGUGCCGGCCCUGCCAGUGCAACAACAACAUCGACGCCAGCGACCCAGAGGGCUGUGACCCCCGCACGGGCCAGUGCCUGCGCUGCCUGUACCAUACUGCUGGGCCACGCUGUGCCCAGUGUCAGCCUGGCUACUACGGCAAUGCCCUGCAGCGCAGCUGCCGGCGAUGUGUCUGUGACCCACGGGGUACACUGGCCUCCCAUUGCACCGAUGGCACCUGCGAUUGUGACCGUGGCACAGGAGCCUGCGCCUGCCGCCCCAACGUCGUGGGCAAGAGUUGUGAUCACUGUGCACCCCACUUCUGGAGGCUGGGGGGCCCAGGGGGCUGUGAGCCCUGUGGCUGCCACCCCACACAUGCCCUGCACCCUGCCUGUGACACAGUGACAGGGCAGUGCCAGUGCCGGCCUGGCUUCGGGGGUCGUGUCUGUUCCCAGUGCCAGGAGCACCACUGGGGAGACCCCGAGCAGGAGUGCCGAGCCUGUGAGUGUGAGCCGCUGGGUGCUGAGAGCCCACAGUGCGAGCAGGACAACGGGCAGUGCCGGUGCCGCCUGGGAUUCGGGGGGCUGCGCUGUGACCGCUGCCAGCGGGGCUACCAGGAGCCCUUUCCCCACUGCUCUCCCUGCCACCCUUGCUUUGGGCGCUGGGACCUGGCCGUGGGCAGCCUGCAGGAAGGACUGCAGCGCCUUGGGGCACAGGUGCAGGCCCUGAGGGAGGGGGACUCCGCACUCCCACUCAGCCCCCGCCGCCUGCGGGAGCUGGAGGAGGCUCUGAGGCACGUGGAACAGCUGCUGGGAGAGGGGGACAGCCCUGGUGGUCCCCUCCUCGAUGGACUGCCCAGGCAGCUGGGUGGUACCAGGAUGGAGCUGGACAACUUCUGGAAGCACCUCCAAGAGUUGGAGCAGCAUCUAGAUCAGCUGGCGCAGACGGAUAUGCAGCACCAUGACCGGCUAGCUGAGCUGAGCCAUGAGCUGGGAGGUCUCAACCGAACCACCUCCCACCUUCAAAUCCUCCUCAGCACUGUAGCAGCAGCUGGGUUCAGCGAGUCUUACCGCAGCAUCCUGGCAUCGAUGGAGACCUCGCGGCAGGCAGAGGUGGUGGCCAAUGGCACAGCUGGCGAGCUAAGUAGGGCGCAGAUGACACAGAGGGCAACAGAGCGUGCUUUGCGGCAGCGGGGCGACACUUUCCGCCGUGGCACAGCCGCAGCCCGGAAAUCCUUGCGGGAGACACAAAAACGGGUGAUGGGACUCAGCAUUACCAGGAUCAAUGAGAAGAUUUGUGGGGCACCCGGAGACCGGAGCUGCAAGCACGCGUCUUGCGGAGGAGCCUUGUGCCGAGACAGUGCAGGGACAAGGCAUUGCGGUGGCACUGGGUGUGCAGGGGUACUGCCUAUCUCAGCUCGAGCCCUGAGCAGUGCCCACAAUGCCUCACAGCAGCUGGAGGUGGCAUUAGGGCAGCUGGGUGUUGUGACACAGAAGAUGCAGGAGGUGCAGGAGCUGGCACGGGGGGCACUCAGCUGGGCAGAGGAGGCACUGGGGCGCUCUCAGGCCGCUCGCAGCCAUGCAGAGAAGGCAACGGCCCAGCUGAGGGACUUUAUCCGCCGAAUCAAGGCCUUCCUGGCAGAGGAGGGAGCUGACCCAGGCAGCAUUGAGCUGGUGGCCCGGCAGGUGCUGAACAUCUCCUUGCCCAGCAGCCCCAGACAGAUCCAGGAGCUGCUCUUGGAGAUGCAGGAGAGCAUUGGCCAGCUGGAGGGGGUGGACGCAGUUCUCAACAGCACAGCGGAGGGGCUGGCUGUGGCACGGGAUCUGCUGGCACAGGGACAGGAGGCCAGGGAGCGAGCAGAAGGCAUAAGGGAUGAGCUGUUGGGGACACAGCAGGCACUGGAGGUGGCACGGACACAAGCAAGGACAGCAGGGAGCACCCUGCAAAGCGCCAGGGAUGCCAUCCAGGUGGCUGAGAACAGAGCCAGGGAGGCGGAGCGCAGGCUGCGGGUGCUGGACAGGAAGGAGUUGCAGGCACAGAGGCGGCUGCGGGAGCUGGCACAGCGCAUCACCGCCCUGCAGGAGCACAGCCGGGAUGCUCGCCACAUGGCCCAGCAAGCCAAGGACGGGGCACAGCGUGCCACCACCACCUCGGGGACACUUAGCCAGGACCUGGCACAGGUAACACAGCGUUAUGUGAUGCUGAAGAACCGGGUGGGCAUGCUGGACAGAGUGUCUGGUGGGGCCCUGCAGCGCCUGUCACAGCUGAUGGCAGAGGCCCAAGACCUCCUGGAUAAAGCCAGCAACAGCAAGAGGAAGCUGGAAGACCUGGAGCAGCGCUUUGGGGCCAAUGAAAGGACAAUGGCGGCAAAGGUGACACGACUGCAAGCUUUGGAGCAGCAAGUCACCGGGCUGUUGCUGGACAUCCGGGAGAGGGCCAACGCUUACGCCACUUGCUAGGGACCACUGGCAGGACCGGGGGCCGGUCCUGCCCCGCCGCUCCGCAGGUCCCCGAGCCCGGGAGUCCCGUCCACUCUGCAGGUGCCUUUAGUGCGGGCGCGCCUGCAAAUAAAACCCUAUAACUGUG